AUGGACUACACUCUGGCCCUCCUGUUUUCUCUGCUGCAAGUUUUAAGUGUGUGCACGGCCGCUCCUCUGCCGGCAGAGGUAGUGAUGAUGAAGUCCAAAGUAAAGUGGAUGGCUGAGCAGCUUGUUGUCAGGCUGGACAAAGACUUCAAUUUCUCUGUCAGCCUCACACCCACUGACGACCUGGCUGGAGCAUCCUCCAUCGUGACGGUCCUGGAGGGUUACAACAGCCUGAUCUCUGACACCUUUCACAGGGUCUCCCAGGUCAAAUCUGAAAUCUCCUCAUUGACGGGUUACGUCGAUCAGUGGAGGAAGGGGCACUGCAGCGAACAGCGGCCGAAGCCCUCGAUGCCCGGGCCCCUGCAGAAGCUGCAGAGUCUGAAAGACUUCAUUCACAUAGUGAGCAUGGAAGCUCUGAUGAGAGUGAAGGAGUUUCUGAAUCUACUGCUGAAGAACCUGGAUCAUCUGGAGACUUGUUAA